AUGGCCUCCUCCAAGCCCCUGUCCCGCUUCUGGGAGUGGGGCAGGAACAUCGUCUGCGUGGGGCGCAACUACGCCGAGCACGCCAAGGAGAUGGGGAGCGCGCCGCCCCGGGAGCCCCUCUUCUUCCUCAAGCCCUCCUCGGCCUACCUGCGCGAAGGCUCGCCCAUCCUCCGGCCCUACUACUGCAAGAACCUGCACCACGAAGUGGAGCUGGGGGUGGUGAUCGGGAAGAGAGCCCGGGCCGUGUCCCAGGAGGCCGCCAUGGAGCACGUGGCGGGCUAUGCCCUGUGCUUGGACAUGACGGCCAGGGACACCCAGGAGGAGUGCAAAAAGAAGGGCCUGCCCUGGACCUUGGCCAAGGGCUUCAGUUCGUCAUGCCCGGUCAGUGACUUUGUGCCCAAGGAGGAGAUCCCAGACCCUCACAAGCUGAAGAUCUGGCUCAAGGUGAACGGAAAGCUGAGGCAGGAGGGGGAGACCUCCUCGAUGAUCUUCUCCAUCCCUUACCUGAUCAGCUACAUCAGCGAAAUACUCACCCUGGAAGAAGGGGACUUGAUUCUGACGGGGUCUCCCAAAGGAGUUGGGUCUGUGCAGGUCAACGAUGAGAUAGAGGCUGGGAUAACCAACGUCCUCUCCAUGCGGUUUAAGGUGGCGCAACAAACGCGGGGCUCCUAACCAGGAGCCGGGCUGGGACCCUGUCUGCAUAGGAAGGGGCUCUUUUGGCAACAUCUGGUGAACAAAGAGACACACGAGCUGUCCUGUACGUUAAACACUUACAUGGCCCAAGCGUCUUAACGGACUGUCACGCAUCAAAGACACGUAACUUGUGAGCUCGAAAGGUGUUUGAUGAAAACAGCCCCGUUUCCAUGGAGGCUUCAGCCUCCUCUUAGGCUGUGAACCUGGAGCCCAACCCAGCUUGGGGCAGAUGGUUGAUACCUAAAUUGUACCUUGGAACUGUGGAUGGAGACGAGGUGCCGGACAGCCGGGGAGGGGAGCUGGGCUGGCUGGCACUGGGUGUGCUCUUCUGUUCUAUUGAUGCUUUGAGCUUUGCCAAUGUAUCGCCUGAAAAUAAAAAUUAUAAAUUAAACCAUUAAAAUGGUGAUGUAAGGAGCUAAAGCUCACCCAUGCUAUGCAAAAAUCAAAGAUGUAGGUGUAACA